GCUAAUACAACUGUAGUCUACAUCGUAUGUUGAUAUACAAAACUUGCGAUUCGAAUCGAGAUUAACUUCGUUGGUUAAUAAGAUCACAAGCAAAGUGGCGGCAGUAGAAACAAAAGUAUCCCCGUCAAAUAUGUCCACAGCCAUUAUAAAUGGGCAUCAAGCUAGCUCGGAGGAUUUUACUAAGCAUGUAUUUGGAGCUCAUGAAUCAAAACGGGCCGAGCAGGUAGUCGAAGAAUCCAAGACUUGUGGGAAAAUAUUAACUUUUUUAUCAUGGAUCGUUGUCAUCCUCACGAUGCCAUUUUCUUUACUGGUCUGCUUUAAGGUGGUUCAGGAGUACGAGAGAGCGGUCAUCUUUCGUCUCGGUCGCUUACUUUCAGGAGGAGCUAAAGGACCAGGUAUUUUCUUCAUUCUACCUUGCAUAGAUGCAUAUGCCAGGGUUGAUUUGAGGACACGAACAUAUGACAUCCCACCACAAGAAGUGUUGACAAAAGACAGUGUCACAGUCUCCGUGGACGCCGUUGUUUACUACCGGGUCUCGAACGCGACCGUAUCCAUAGCGAAUGUGGAGAAUGCACAUCAUUCGACCAGACUGUUGGCGCAAACGACCCUGCGAAAUAUUAUGGGCCAGAGACCGCUUCACGAGAUCCUGAGCGAACGCGAAAGUAUUUCUCAACAUAUGAAAGCGCUACUUGAUGAGGCCACCGAUUCCUGGGGAAUCAACGUGGAAAGGGUCGAAAUAAAGGAUGUUCGUCUGCCGAUUCAGCUGCAACGGGCCAUGGCUGCGGAAGCGGAGGCUGCACGGGAGGCCCGCGCCAAAGUCAUCGCCGCCGAAGGUGAACAGAAGGCCUCGAGGGCUUUGCGCGAGGCGUCAGAGGUAAUAGGGGACUCUCCGGCGGCUCUUCAGCUCCGUUAUCUGCAGACUCUCACGAAAAUAUCAUCUGGAAAGAGCUCAACGAUAAUAUACCCAGUACCCCUGGACAUGAUAUCAUUGUUUAUGGGCAAAAACGCUGAAAACGAAUAAACGAGACUUAAGUUAAAUAAUUUGAGUUGGGAAUGAUCGAAGUUACAGACGUAACCAUUUUAACAGAAUUUUAUCAGUUUGUCUUAAUCACAUACAUGUCUCAUUUAUUUUUUAGUUAUAUAGAAUAUUUAGAUAAUAUAUUUCUUCUCUUCCAUGAAACGAAAGGCAUAUAACAUAACAAUAUACAGAUAUUACUUUUGCAAAAUUUGGAAAAAAUAUAAAUUGACAUUGGUGCAUGGACCAUUAUACCUUAUGAGUGAAAUUCACUUUGUUAUAGGGUAUUUAAAAUCCAGUAUGUCUUACUAAAUCAAUACCUGACAAACUGAUAAGUAUAAACAAACCAUCUAUCACAUAACCUGACGUUAACUAUUUUCAGGCAAGAAAAUAUAUCGAAUUCUUAGUGUGAUAUAAAAAAUAGUUUAGUAAAACACAAAAAAUAAAUAAUAACUGUGAUUCAAGGGAGUUAAAUUCAUGUUUUACUUGUAAAUAAAAAAUAGUUACCAAGCACCAAUAUUAAUUUUGACAAAAAGAAAAAUGAAUUGGAACUAGAAUUAAAAAAAUAUUUAUUUACAUGAAUUUCUGUUACUGUGGUCACCAUUAAUGUAACAGUUGAAUUUUUAAAUAAAGAUUUUUAUAAAUAGAUGUUUGACAUCAACAAAUUUUAUACAAACUGGUUACACAAUAUUUUUAAAUAAAAUAAUAUUAUCCAGUCAUAAAAUUUUUUGUUCCAAAUAGGUAAUAUGAUUUUUAUGUAGAAUUUUUUGUAACUAAAUAAUAUUAAUUAGUAUUAGAAGUUGAAAUUUAGAAAGUAGAUAUGUAUUCUAUAUUUUUUUUUUGUAUAUAACGUACAAAUUAAUAUUCUUAAAUAUAUUCAUUUCAUUUAUUUUAUGCUACCAGUUUAUCUGAGCAAAAGUAAUGCCAUGGGAAUUGACGACAUCAAACAAAACAUUAUAAUUAAUAACUCACAAAUUAUGAAAAAGAAUAUAACCUAUUUUAGGGUCGAAGGAAAAAGUACUUUAAAUUUCUUUAAAUUAUUGUGGUUUAUUUGUAUUAAAUGAUUCAUUUGAAAUACAAUUUCAUAUUUCAUCAAAAGAUUUUUGGAAAUUAGAAAUUCUAAUGAUUUAUGGUAAGGAAUUCAAUGGUAAACUUAAGUUGAUUUUAAAUUUUUGUUUUAUUUAUUACAUUUCUAUUUUAAUUAAAAUUACUCAUCAUAUAUUCAUUUAUUAUCUCCACACAUUUAGAAGCUUGAAAAUGUUCAAAUUUUUAUUUACGACGGUAGAUCACUUUAUUAAAAAUUUAAAUUUUAUAAUGGACUCAUUCAAGUAAUUAACACAUACAUAUGCCUAAGGGAUUAGUUAACCAUAAACAUAUUCAUAUUACAUGAGAAUUUGUGCAUAUUUGCCCUCAAUGUUACUAUAUAUUGACCAUGCUAAUAUUAUAAUCAACUUCAUAAUGCAGUAAUAAAUAUUUGUGCACGCUUGUUACUUAACUAAAGUACUGUUACUUUAUGUGUUGCAGAUAAAUAUUGUGUUACUGUAUUUUUUUGGCUCAAAAAUAUGUGUUAAAUCUGGAAAGAAUACUUUCCAAAUUAAGUUUUAUUUAAAAGUAUUUAAAAAAUUGCACUCUGAAAUAUGUCAAAAUGAGAUUAUUGUUGUUAAUUUGGAACAUCUUUCUAAGAUAUUAUAAUAGCUGUUAGAUAUAAUGAAGUGUCAGUAUUACUGUUUACUUAGAUUUUAAGGCACAAUAUAUAAAAGUGACUGUCAUAUGAAUUCUACAAGUGUAUAUUUAACUAAUUGUGGUACAAAAUGAAUCAUAAUUAUCAUUUGUGAGUGUGACACAACUUAAGUACUGUGCACGCAUAUAGGAACCAAUUUUGAAGAUAAUCCAAACAUUAUUGAGUCUCAUUCAUUUUGUAACACAUCAUUCAUGUUUACUAUUUCAACACAGUGUUAUAAAAAUGUAUUCAAUACAUUACUUACUAAGCAAUA